AUGCCGACCCUUCAGCAGACCGACUCUGUUCCCACAACAGAAAAAGCUGAGUCGCCUGUCGAUGGGGAUUCGUCAAGCGAGAAAAGCACGGAAGAAGCUCGAGAACAAGAGACACAACGGGGUGAAGAAUUGGAUAGAACUUUUGCUCCCAUCAAUGCAUCCGUCGCAACAAACAACGAGCGACCGCAGAAGCUGCAGCGCACGACGUCUUCGACUAUUGAGCGCAGCUGGUCUCUGAAUGAUGGAUACAGUUGCCAUACUGUCGACGAAGAAGCAGAAGAGAAAUCCAACCAGCCGGGGGAAGCAGCCGACGGUGAUGAGUUUGUUGUCGGAUGGGACGACAAUGACCCGAUGAACCCCCGGAAUAUGAACAAGUUCCGGCGAUGGCUUAUUGUCGUGAUCUGCUCGUCGGGUUCUCUCUGCGUUACGGCCUCGAGGACUUGCACCUCGUCCAUGUAUACUUCCACCUACGGGCAGCUGAUGAAAGAUCUCAACUGUUCUCGAAUUGUGGCAACACUUGGCCUUUCCUUCUUCAUCUGGGGGCUGGGAAUCGGGCCGUUGUUUCUGGCGCCAUUGUCAGAGUUUUAUGGUCGGAGAUGGAUUUACAUCGUCUCGUUUACCUUCUUUCUGAUAUGGUUGAUCCCGUGUGCCGUGGCGCAAAACAUCCAAACUAUGAUCGUAUGCCGUUUCUUCAACGGGCUCGCUGGCAGUGCGUUUCUCAGCGUCGCGGGGGGUACAGUGGGCGAUUUGUUUGACCGCCACGAACUCAGUGCCCCCAUGAUGCUAUACACGGCUUCCCCUUUCAUCGGUCCAGAAGUGGGCCCGCUGGUUGGCGGGUUCAUUAACCAGUUCACGACAUGGCGCUGGACGUUUUAUGUCCUUCUCAUCUGGUCCGGUGUCCUCCUGGUCUCGAUUAUCCUGUUUGUUCCAGAGACGUACCACCCAGUACUCCUCCGGCGCAAGGCACAAAAGCUGCGCAAAGAAACGGGAGACGACAGAUGGAAGGCUCCAAUCGAACGAAUGAACCGCUCGGUAGCACGGACUGUCCUGCGAUCCACUUACCGGCCGUGGCUUCUAUUGGCACUGGAGCCGAUGUGUUUGAAUCUCUGUAUAUUCUCUGCCAUCUUGCUGGGUAUCCUCUAUCUUUUCUUUGGCGCUUUUCAGCUCGUCUUUGGCAACAUAUACGGCUUCGAGCUAUGGCAAAAAGGUCUGUCGUUCCUUGGUCUCUUUGUUGGCAUGGUCUUUGCCAUCCUAUCUGAUCCUUUCUGGCGUCGAGUCUACGUUCGUCUGGAAAAUAAGCACGAAAAAGCUGUUGGGAAACCAGAUGAUUUCCAGCCCGAAUGGCGGCUUCCUCCAGCAAUCCUUGGAGGUCCGCUAGUCACCAUAGGACUCUUCAUGUUUGCCUGGACCAUCUAUCCUCAUGUGCACUGGAUUGUACCACUGAUUGGCAGUGCGUUCUUCGGAGCCGGGUAA